AUGCGGUUUAUUUUAGCAUUGGCCUAUUUCCUGGCCGCAUGUCGCGCCGCAUUCAGUGCCGAGGAACUCACCGAACGGCGAUUGCAGUCUCCGUCCGGAAUCAUCCGGGUCAAGUCAAGCGAGUUUGACAGCUUCUUCGAAGGAGAGAAGGAUUACUUUCUUGUCUCGUUUUUGACGGCACAAACAAACCAGAAAUGCCAGCUCUGCCAGUAUUUCCAGCCCGUGUAUGAAACAGUUGCGCGCUCAUUCUAUGAAUCGAACCCGUCGUUCCAAAAGGUAUUUUUUCUCUCUGUCGAUGCCGGCGACAACAUUGCACACUUCCAGAAAUACAAUAUAAGCACCGUGCCACAUCUCUGGAUCUACCCUAUAUCUUCCUUUAUCUAUAAACCUGUUGACAGCGACGAUGCAUUUGACAAAAGAAUCCCAAUGCCGGAGAGCUUAUCUAUUGUCAGCGAACAUUACACCUAUCCAAUAACGGACACCGUCAAGCAAGCGGACCAGGAGCUCCGAUUUGCCACGUUUUUGGGAGAGCUCACCCAGACUAAAAUUGUGAUCAACAAGCCAAUGGACUUGGUGCUGGCAUUGAAGUACUGCGCAGGCUUUUUCGUUCUAUUCAGGAUUCUGAGGUCUAGAAGACAGAAAGUGCUCGACAGAAUAAAAAAUGGAACAGCGAUGCUGGUCCUGAGCAUCAUCUCAAUAUACAUAUUCUUUUCCGGCGUGAACUUUGCUGUGCAAAGAAACGUACCGUUCUUGGUCAAAGACAAAGAUGGAAGCCUUAAAUUUCUGACCCCUGGAGUCCAGAACAUGAUCGGAGCCGAGGUCACAUUGUCGAUAGCGUUCCAGAUGAUAUUUUCGCUUCUUCUAUGGCUCCUAAUCCAAGGUGUCCCACGGAUACCAAAGGAAAACCGGCCUGCUGGCAUGCUCCUCUUUGCUGGCAUGCUCUUCAUCACCUACAACUUAUUCACCAGCAUGUUCAAAUCAAAAGACCCCGGUUAUCCAUUCACAUACCUUUAUAUACCUAUUUUCUAG